GAAUUUUCUCCAAAUGUAUAUCUAUAUGUUGAUGCACUUUGAAAUACUUUUCUCACAUGAUUGUACAACGUGCCACACGUUGAUGACGUCCCACACGACCAUUGGUUGAUGUGUACAACGCCUGUGCAAAAACAAUUAAACAACGUCUGCGUUAGGGCACGCUACCGUUUUCAACUGGGAAUGUUAUAUUUCUCUUUUAUUUUUCCAUAAUAUUUAGAAUGUCUGAAAGUGUCUUAUAAGCAGGGUCUUAGGAAUAGUCUAAAAGACAGUUCCAUGGCCUUCCUCCUGGCCAGGUCCAGAUACCCAGGGGCAAGAUGGCUGCUAUCUCAGACUCUGCACUGCUCAGCCCUGCCUCUGGGCAGCACAUCGUACAAAAGCAAGCCCUCUACCAAGCCUACAGCCAGAUUCCCCUGUCUAAAAGCUUUUCACCUCAGCACAGCCUCUUCCUCUCCUGACCCUAACAAGCCCAACUCAGUGUUGUCUUCCAGCCUAGAGGUGGAGCUGUUUGAAAUGGGGAUGUGGUCCCUGGGUCUGGGGGCCUUAGGUGCGGUUGUAGCAGGGGUCUUCCUGGCCAAUACUGACCUUUGUCUGACCAAGCCUGCCCACGCCUCGCUGGAGUUUCUGGAGGACGCAGACCUCCGCUCCACUGUAGACGAUAAGACCAUAAAGGCCAAAGCUCUGUGGGAGAAGAGGGGAGCGGUAGUCAUGGCCGUACGACGGCCCGGAUGAUUUUUGUGCAGAGAGGAGGCUUCUGAGCUGUCCUCUCUGAAGCCCCAGCUUGAGGAGCUUGGGAUCCCUCUGGUUGCAGUAGUGAAGGAGAACAUUGGCACAGAGGUCCAGGACUUCCGACCGCACUUCGCUGGGGACGUCUAUGUGGACGAGAAUCACCACUUCUACGGCCCGCUACAGAGGAAGAUGGGCGGGCUGGGAUUCAUUCGUCUGGGGGUAUGGCAGAACUUCAUGCGAGCAUGGAAGGCUGGUUACCAGGGCAACAUGCUGGGGGAGGGCUUCGUCCUGGGAGGGGUGUUUGUCAUUGGAGCAGGGAAUCAGGGAAUUCUUUUGGAGCACAGGGAGAAGGAGUUUGGCAACAAAGUGGAGAAGGAAGAUGUUUUAGAAGCUGUCAAGAGAAUUGUGCCAGUGCAUAAGAUUUAGAGUUGUUUGAACACAUAGUCACGGGCACACUGACAUUAUUUCCCAAGUUGGGGCUUUUCUUCACAAAAUAUAACCUUAUACCACCAACAACAGUGUUUUUACAUUUUCUAAAGCAAACAUUAAAGCAAAUUGCUGUUUCUCUUAAAAUAAUAAUAAUUUUCUGUACAUGGUUCUUGUGAAUGAACCUUUCUUGAUUUCUCUGAUUGCAUCUUCGGCCCAUAAUUGAAGAUCAUAAAAGGGUUAGCUCCCUCAACUAUGUAAAUAGUCUAGAAUGCUCAGGGGUGUAUCUAUUUUGCCAAGCAAAAUGUUCAGUUUAACCAUGUCUGUAUUGUAUUAUGAUGUGGAUGGCUCAGGCUAGACCACAUGUAAUGGAUGUCUGCAGUACUAUUCAAUUUAGAGCCAGGUCUCUGUAUUCAUUCAAAUCGAAAGACAUUGUAACAACACUGUCAUAGAAUGAUUACAUUCUGACUAAGGCCAGGUUAGAUUUUCUUUGUAUGUGCUGUGCGAGAUUGCUAACUUUGUCCCCAGGCUAUGUGAUUCUUCUGUUGCCCAUAGGAAAUCCCGCCCAUUUGACUAGUUCAAGAUUGUAAGAGCCCUGAAUAGUGCUGCCCAUACUAAAAUAGUCCAGCAUAAGUCCUCUAUACAACUAUGGGAAACAAGUAGUUGCAAACACGACACUGUUCUGUAGCUGACCUUGGACAAUGUGUGAGCUCAUUACUUAUGUGGUUAAAUUAAGGCAUUCUCGGUUAUGGCCCUUGUGGAAUGCGCUAAACUGUGAGAAUACUUGAAAAUGACUUCUCUUCAGAGAAAGUAUAUUUAAACUGUAGUGUUUUGCACUUUAAUGUCACCAAAUGAGUCAAACUCAGCUUGAAUGCAUGGUUCUCAAUCUGGAUCCAGUCCACAAACAUGCGUUUCAUGUUUCACCUGUAAAUGUGUUGUCUGUGCUGGUACCCAAGGCUGUCUCCAACCUGACCGGUGUGUUUGUGUGGUCUGUGUGUUGUUGAUGACAACCUGUCUUUAAACUCAUCAAGGAGGGGAGCAGGUUCGAUACCCAAACACACACGGCCUCAACACACUCCUCACUGCCAGGUUGGCAAGUGGCCUGUGUGAACCACAAAACGGAUUGAAAACGACAAUAAACGUCAGACCUCAUCACACACU